UGAUUGGCUGCUGAGAGGAGCUGAGCGGUGAUUGGCUCCUGAGAGGGGCGUGCAGCUGUGACGUCAGAGAGCAGAGUAAAGAUGGCGGCGGUGACCAGAGGCUCCUUCAGGAUGCUCCAACAGCUGCUGAGUCAGCAGUACCGUCGUCGAUGUUUCCGGCUGCAGAACUUCAGAUCUGACAGAACUGUGCAGCCGCUCACCUUCAGAUGUGACCGAAACCUCCAGAUGUUCAGCAGCAGGACGCUGUACACCACCACCGUGACUCGAGGACCAAUCGUCCAGUUCAAACUGUCUGACAUCGGAGAGGGAAUCAUGGAGGUGACGGUGAAGGAAUGGUACGUGAAGGAGGGCGAUAAGGUGUCCCAGUUCGACAGUAUCUGUGAGGUCCAGAGCGACAAGGCGUCCGUCACCAUCACCAGCCGCUACGACGGAGUCAUCAAGAGACUCUACUACGACGUGGACGCCACCGCCUUAGUGGGAAAACCACUGGUGGACAUCGAGACAGAGUCCAGUUCAGAGGUGAUCCAGGAGGAGGACGUGGUGGAGACGCCUGCCAUGGCUCGAGAAGAACACACCCACCAGGAGAUCAAAGGACACAAGACCCAGGCCACGCCCGCCGUCAGGCGCCUCGCCAUGGAGAACAACAUUAAGCUCAGUGAGGUGGUGGGGACGGGGAGAGACGGACGGAUCCUGAAAGAGGACAUCCUGAACUUCCUGGCGAAGCAGACCGGAGCCAUCAUACCUCCGACCCUGUUCCAGGAGAUCCAGCUCCGGCCCCCCCCCCCUGCCGCUGCCGGUGCCGCUGCCGCUGCCACUGCUGCUGCUGCCAGGCCUGUGAGCACUACGGCAGCCAUCAAACCUGCACCCACCACCCCCAAACCUGUCUUCACCGGCAAGGACGUCACCGAGCCCCUCAAAGGUUUCCACAGAGCGAUGGUGAAGACGAUGACGGCGGCGCUGAAGAUCCCUCACUUCGGGUACUGUGACGAGGUGGACCUGAGCCGCCUGGUGUCUCUGAGAGCUGAACUCAGAUCCAUGUCUGAAGGUCGAGGGGUCAAACUGAGCUACAUGCCUUUCUUCAUCAAGGCUGCCUCCCUCAGCCUCCUCCACUUCCCAAUCCUGAACGCCUCCGUGGACGAAGGCUGCCAGAACAUCACCUACAAGGCGUCCCAUAACGUGGGCCUGGCGAUGGACACCAUGCAGGGUCUGCUGGUUCCCAGCGUGAAGAACGUCCAGCUGCUCAGCAUCUUCCAGAUCGCUCAGGAGCUGAACCGUCUGCAGGUGCUCGGAGCUGCAGGUCAGCUGGGAACCAACGAGCUUAGCGGGGGAACCUUCACCCUGUCCAACAUCGGAUCAAUCGGAGGGACGUACACCAAACCGGUCAUUCUUCCUCCUGAAGUCGCCAUCGGAGCUCUGGGAAAAAUCCAGGUUCUUCCUCGGUUCGACGCCGGCGGUCAGGUGGUCCGAGCUCACAUCAUGAACGUCAGCUGGUCGGCGGAUCAUCGCGUCAUCGACGGAGCCACCAUGUGUCGGUUCUCCAACCUGUGGAGGGAUUACCUGGAGAACCCGGCCAGCAUGGUUCUGGACCUCAAGUAAACAGAGACAGAGAACUUUUUCCCAUCAGCCCCGGGGAGGACCUCUAUUUCUCCUCCCGCCGCCAUUGCUUCGUCUUCCCGGUCGAGGCCUUCGCAUUCACUCACUGUUGUUUCCUUGUUGCCUUGGAGCGAGGCGCCGGGAGGAGGAGGGGUCAGCCUGUCAAUCAUGUUGUUUCCAUGACGACCAGACACACACACACUCAAAGGUUAAAGGUUAAAGGUCGUCAGUUUGUUCUUAAUGUUUCAGUUAAUUAAUCACAAAUCAUGUUUUUAUUACUGAUGAUGACCGGCACCAAGACCGGUUCACAUCCAGGAGACCAGGAGACCAGGGAACUGGUAAACCAGUGACCUGGUAAACCAGUCAACCAGUGACCUGGUAAACCAGUCAACCAAUGAACUGGUGAACCAGUCAACCAAUGAACUGGUGAACCAGUCAAUCAGUGACCUGGUGAACUAGUCAAUCAGUGAACUGGUGAACCAGUCAACCAGUGACCUGGUGAACUAGUCAAUCAGUGAACUGGUGAACCAGUCAACCAGUGACCUGGUGAACUAGUCAACCAGUGAACCGGUGAACCAGUCAACCAGUGACCUGGUGAACCAGUCAACCAGUGACCUGGUGAACCAGUCAACCAGUGAACUGGUGAACCAGUCAACCAGUGACCUGGUGAACCAGUCGACCAGGGAACUGGUGGACUUUUAGUGUCCCUUUUGUUUUCUGUGUGUGUGUCCUGGUUGGUCAUCCAACUUCGAUCCAGAUCCAGGUUUUGUAAGCUUAACAUUUGAGUUCUUCUGAACCUGGACGUGGAUCAAGAACCAGCAGCUGGUCUGAGAUCAGAUCCUGUUCCACAUUUAACAGUUUGUAGUUAUUAAACUGAAACAUUGAAAACAUUGAAACGCUCCAUAUGUUCUAUGAGGAAACAUUCUCUGUAGAACCAGACCCAGUAGAACCAGACCCAGUAGAACCAGAUCCAGUAGAACCAUGAUCCAGUAGAACCAGAUCCAGUAGAACCAUGAUCCAGUAGAACCAGAUCCAGUAGAACAAGAUCCAGUAGAACCGGAAUCAGGAAUCCGGAAUCAGAAUCUGAUCUAACCGGUUCCUGUCGGACCUUCAAUAUCUUUUAAAUAUUAUUUAGUAGCUGCAGUCUGAUCACCUGGAUUCACACCUGGUUCUAACCCGUCUGAGGUGGGCGGAGCCAGCACACCUGGUUCUAACCCGUCUGAGGGGGGCGGAGCCAGCACACCUGGUUCUAACCCGUCUGAGGGGGGCGGAGCCAGCACACCUGGUUUUAACCCGUCUAAGGGGGGCGGAGCCAGCACACCUGGUUCUAACCUGUCUGAGGUGGGCGGAGCCAGCACACCUGGUUCUAACCUGUCUGAGGUGGGCAGAGCCAGCACACCUGGUUCUAACCUGUCUGAGGUGGGCGGAGCCAGCACACCUGGUUCUAACCUGUCUGAGGUGGGCAGAGCCAGCACACCUGGUUCUAACCUGUCUGAGGUGGGCGGAGCCAGCACACCUGGUUCUAACCUGUCUGAGGUGGGCAGAGCCAGCACACCUGGUUCUAACCUGUCUAAGGGGGGCGGAGCCAGCACACCUGGUGUCUGUCAGGUGGGGGGUCAUGUGACCAAAUGUGAUUGACGGAGCUCGGUUCAGAGAUGAAUGAAAUCAUGAUUCUGGUUCUGAUCCGAUUGUUUGUUUGAGGCCUCGUUUACACCAGAAAUCAACUCUAGGUUAUUAUCAUUAUCUAAAUAUUCAAUAAGAAGACAAGAACACAGUGUCUCCCUCUCUGUACUGGAUCAGAACCAGUUCCUCUAUCUGAUCUCUGUACUGGAUCAGAACCAGUUCCUCCACCUGGUCUCUUUACUGGAUCAGAACCAGUUCCUCCACCUGGUCUCUGUACUGGAUCAGAACCAGUCCCUCGUCUGUCCUCUGCACAGUCUCGUUGUGAUAAAAACUGACAGAUAUCAAACUGAAGUGUAAAUAAUCUGAGUUCUGGUUCCUGCUGCUCUGGUAGAGGUCUACCUGUAGACUUGAUCCUCGUGGUCUGACCCGUCUGUUCCUAUGCUGAGUUCUGGUUCCUGCUGCUCUGGUAGAGGUCUACCUGUAGACCUGAUCCUCGUGGUCUGACCCGUCUGUUCCUAUGUACUGAACCUGUUCCAGAACCUCUCUCUAAUGUUUGUAGAUAUGGAAGUGAUCCCGGAUCAGGACCUUCCUCUCUGUCCCGGUGGCUGCUGGGUAACGGGCUCCUGGUGUUGGUCGUCUGUUACUCCUCGUGUGUUUUUGUUUUUAGCGACAGACUCAAAGUGUAAUAAACUAACGUAGCUUUUUGUAUUCUUGGGAGCGUGUGGAUCUGAAAUGAUUAAACUUGGUGAAUAAAGCUGAAGUGCACAAACUGGA